ACAAAGUUUGGACUUGCUCAAAGUACACAAUAGGCAACUUGUUGUCGUUUUACUUUAAAUCAAUUCAAUGCCAUUGAAGGGUAUUAAAGUUUUGGAGUUUGUGGGAUUGGCACCAGGUCCGCUGUGUGGCAAAAUACUUGCAGAUUUUGGUGCCAGUGUCACACGCAUUGAUAAAGUGCUGGAAAAUUCUUUGGAUGUGCUGCAUCAUGGCAAACACACUUUGGCUGUUAAUCUAAAGAUGACAGCAGGUCAGCAGCUUGUGCGGCAACUGGCUAAUAAGUGCGAUGUUAUCGUUGAGCCUUUUCGUCCGGGAGUCAUGGAAAAGCUUAACCUAGGGCCGGAACAGCUUUGCACUGAUAAUCCCCGUCUUAUCUAUGCACGGCUAACGGGCUUUGGCCAACAAGGCCGACUGUCAGCACGUGCAGGCCAUGAUCUCAACUAUGCAGCUAUAUCGGGUGUGCUCUCCAUGCUAGGCCGCAAAUCAGAGAAACCAAGCGCGCCUAUAAACUUAUUGGCUGACUUUGCUGGAGGCAGUGUCUUGUGUGCAUUGGGCAUUUGUUUGGCCCUGCUGGAAAGACAUCGGUCGGGGCGUGGACAGCUGGUAGAUGCAGCUAUGGUGGAAGGUGCAGCAUAUGUGGCCAGUUGGCUGUUCAUGUCCAGAGGCUUGCAAAUUUGGGGACAGCAACGCGGACACAAUUUACUCGAUGGCGGCGCUUACUUUUAUGAUACGUACAAAACAAAAGAUGAACUCUACAUGUCAGUGGCUGCGCUAGAGCCGCAAUUCUUUGAGCUUAUUAAAGAGCGCUUACAACUGCCACCAGACCUGAUGCAAUACGGCGAAGAGCAUGAGGAACUGGGCAGAAAGCUGCUAACCGCUGCAUUUUUGACAAAAACCCAAGCAGAGUGGUCAGCGUUAUUUGAAGAUGUGGAUGCGUGUGUGUAUCCUGUGCUGGAUUGGCAGCGUGUGCAGGAGCAUGACCAUAACCAGGAGCGUCAAAGUUUUGAACGUAUUGGUGAGACAUGGGCCCCGUGUCCUGCGCCUCGUCUAAGUCGCUCACCUGGUAGAUUAAGUCGCCAGACGACAACCUGCGACCACGAAUUUCUGCUGAAUGAGCUGCAACUCAAUGCGGAGCAGCUGCAUCAACUGCAGGCGGAUGGCGUGCUGACGCUGCCCCUGCCACACGCCAAACUUUAGAGAAAUUAAAAGUAAAUAAAAGUCAGUUCAGUUUUUUUUCGUUGGCUUGCAUUCAAAAUACUUUUAUUCUCUCGCGCACUCUUGCACACACAAACACAAUUACAUUUGCUAUUCAUCGCGUACAAACUAUCAGUCAUACAAUAGAUUUCAAUAGAACAUGUAGCUCAGAUUGAGUAGAAGGAUUCACGGUUUACAUUUUACGGAGAUUUUUGGGCUCAAUUUACAAUAAGCUACCCGCAUUACCCAGCUCACAAUCUUCACAACUUACAUGCUAUACAACUAUUACACACAAC